GAUAAGCGUUUUUCAAUUAUGCCAUGCACGUGUGGGAAUUGGAGGCGGUGGAUCCGUCCCUUGGUAGUGGUUUUGUAUAUUUUACUCUUGCUUGUGGUACUGCCACUCUGCAUAUGGGAGCUACAGAAAUCAGGGGUCGGCACACACAACAAGGCAUGGUUCAUCGCAGGUAUUUUUGUGUUCAUGACCAUACCUAUAUCACUAUGGGGAAUCUUACAACAUCUGGUCAACUACACCCAGCCGGAGCUGCAGAAGCCAAUCAUCAGGAUACUCUGGAUGGUUCCUAUUUACAGUCUAGAUAGUUGGAUUGCGCUGAAGUACCCUGGUAUUGCUAUAUAUGUGGACACCUGCAGAGAAUGCUAUGAGGCCUAUGUCAUCUACAAUUUCAUGAUCUUCCUGCUGAAUUAUCUUGGCAAUCAGUAUCCCAGUUUGGUCUUGAUGUUAGAGGUGCAGGAACAGCAGAAGCACCUCCCACCUCUCUGUUGCUGCCCACCAUGGCCCAUGGGAGAGGUGCUGCUUCUCAGAUGCAAACUGGGAGUUCUUCAGUACACUGUUGUGAGGCCAGUCACUACAGUCAUUGCACUGAUAUGUCAACUUUGUGGGGUCUAUGAUGAGGGAAACUUCAGUUCAAAGAAUGCAUGGACCUACCUGGUUAUUGUUAAUAACCUUUCCCAACUUUUUGCGAUGUAUUGUCUGGUGCUGUUCUACAGAACACUGCGAGAGGAGUUGAGCCCCAUCAAACCAGUUGGCAAGUUCCUGUGUGUGAAACUCGUGGUGUUUGUGUCCUUCUGGCAAGCAGUGUUCAUCGCUCUCUUGGUCAAAGUAGGGGUGAUCUCAGACUCUCACACAUGGGACUGGGACAGUGUUGAAGCUGUGGCCACUGGAUUACAGGACUUUAUCAUCUGCGUGGAGAUGUUCUUGGCAGCCAUUGCACACCACUUCAGUUUCACAUACAAGCCUUAUAUCCAAGAGGCAGAGGAGGGCUCCUGCUUCGACUCCUUCAUGGCUAUGUGGGACAUCUCUGAUAUCAGAGCUGACAUAUCCGAGCAAGUCCGCAACGUUGGGCGCACGGUUAUGGGUCGGCCCCGCAAGAUGUACUUCGGUGAGGAGCCAGAAGAGGACGAGCACACAGGGCUGCUUUCAGCCGGCGCACAGGACCCCGUUGAAGCCUCGUCCACUCCUGCGUCUCCAAAAGGCCGCUACCAGGGCCUGGGCCGCACCCUGACCCCCCACUCACUGUCCGCACCUGCCAACCUGAGCACAGCAGCCUGGGACGGCGAUGUGGACGACAUCACACCCACCGAGCCCACAGAUUCUGCUGAGUCACUCCAUACAGAUGAUGCUCCAGUGACUUAGCCAAAUGUCAGCUAGAUUGCUACGGUUGCUAACGUAAAACAGCUGACAUUCAUUAGCCUCUGUAGCUUACACACACACACACACUCACACACGCGCACACACACACCCUAUAAGGGUAGCUAGUGUGUGCCAGGUCUGCCUCACUGACACACACAGUUCUAAUGCAAAAGUAAUGGCCUCUGAGAUGAUUCUACAAUGUGCUAAUAAGUGGCCAGGGCGUUCCGAGUGUGUGACUGCUAUGCAUACUAAAGCCAGAGGGUAAAGGCACCCGACAUGAGACCCUGAUUUUCCUUUGACUCUGCUCUCUGACACCUUGACCAACACAACAAACCUUGUGAGCAAAUGUGAAACAAAGCACAUUCUGUCCAGCAGAGUCCUCAAAUGGCAUUUCUAAUGGAUUUAUCUCGGAGACAGCUGUUUGAAUGUUAAUGUGUGGUUGUCCUCAUGAAGCAAACAAUGGUUUCGAUAUUUUAUCUUGAGUUAGCCAAGUUUCCUUUUUUAAAAAAACAUUCAAAUGUAUCAGUUUUGAUGAUUUUAGUUUUUAUCAGUUUUAUCACACUUUUUAUCUGUGUGGCUGGAUGUCCAUGACCGGUUUUUAAAUGUGAUGACUAUCUAAUAAUCUGGACCUGGUAAUAUUGUAUCAAACCACCCAACUUUCUCUUAACUGUAUAAUAUACAUGCCCAGGACUUCAAAGAAUCUAAAUUACACAUUACACUGGUACAUACAUGUGUGUUUCACUAGAUGACCUGGUCUACAAUUCAGAUUUCACACUACACUCUUCAUGAUGAUAAAGGUUAGAUGUAUAUAUUUGGGAGACGUUGUACAUGUAGUGCAGACACAUUAAGCAUAAAUGGAGGCCAGCCAUAUUCCUGUUUCAUGCCAACUCAUACAUGACAAAUGUACACCACAAUAGUGUUUGCAUGCUCAUGACAGACAUUACAGAGAUUACAGGAACACAAGAAAUUCACCUUCUCACUGUAUUCUACAAACCACCACACAAAAGUUCAUUUAUUUCCUGCACCUUUUAUGUGGUGCUAUCAUAAAAUCAUGCAUACUGCCUAGUUCUCUUAAUACAUGAGCAUGUACAACCCAGCUGCUUUUUCCUUCCUUCCUCUUUAAGUUCAACUGACAGCCAAGUGUUCCUCGAUUCCACUGGCUAUUGGUUUUUAUUUUAUUUUUUAUUUUAUUUGUUUUUAGAAAUGAUGGAAAACCAAAACCUGGAGGUUCCAUAUUUGUUAGUUUUCUGCAUUAACAAUAUAUGUUCUGGACCAUCUCAACUGACGUUUUAACCAAAGAUUUAGUGUCUUUGCUUAGUUUGUUGUAAUAAAUGGAGAUGUGCCAGUUUGGA